UUCGACACAUCAACCUUCAAAAUUAGACUCCAACAACUACAGAAUGUAGCCGCAACCACACAAUCCAUUCUUCAACAUUAUAACUACAUAAUACAACAACCCGAACACCUCUCACCCUCAGUUUAG